AUGGCCGACGCCCCCGCCCCCGUCCCCGAGCAGUCCAAGAGCGCCUUGAAGAAGGCCGAGAAGCAGGCCAAGAUGGCUGCCGAAAAGGCUGCGAAGGCCGCCAAGCAAGCUUCUCUCCCCGUUGUCGGCGGCAAGAAGACCGAGGACAUCAUGGGUAUCACCGUCAAGAAGAGCGAGGACUUUUCCGCCUGGUACCAGGAGAUUGUUCUCAAGGCCGAGAUGGUCGAGUACUACAACGAGAUUUCCGGCUUCUUCAUUCUUCGCCCGGCUUCCAUGUACAUCUGGACCGUGAUCCGCAAGUGGUUUUCCGAGAGAAUCGAGGCCAUGGGUGUCGACGAGACGAGCUUCCCCAUGUUCCUGUCUUCCAAGUCGCUCGAGAAGGAGAAGGAUCACGUCGAGGGUUUCGCCCCUGAGCUUGCCUGGGUCACCAAGGCCGGUGACAAGGACCUCGAGGUCCCCGUCGCGGUUCGUCCCACCUCCGAGGCGGUCAUGUACCCCUACUACUCCAAGUGGAUUCGCAGCCAUCGCGAUCUGCCCUUCCGCCUGAACCAGUGGAACUCGGUCGUCCGAUGGGAGGCCAAGCAGACCACCCCUUUCCUCCGUACAAGAGAGUUCCUGUGGCAGGAGGGCCACACCGCUCAUCUCACCGAGGAGCUUGCCGGCAAGGAGGUGCUCGAGAUCCUCGAGCUCUAUGCCGGUGUCUACGAGCAGCUGCUCGCCGUCCCCGUCGUCCGCGGCACCAAGACCGAGAACGAGAAGUUUGCUGGUGGUUACUACACUACCACUGUCGAGGGCUACAUUCCUUCCAAUGGUCGUGGUAUCCAGGGUGCCACCUCUCACUGCUUGGGUCAGAACUUCUCCAAGAUGUUCGACAUCACCGUUGAGGACCCCGACAAGAAGGGUGAGAAGAUCCACGUCUGGCAGAACUCUUGGGGUCUGUCCACCCGUGUCAUUGGCGUCAUGGUCAUGAUCCACGGUGACGACAAGGGUCUGGUUGUCCUCAUCGCUGUCGGUAUCACCGCCAAGACCACCCCUGAGGACAGGAAGAAGCUGGAGGACAAGGUUGACGACCUCCGCAACGAGCUUCGCAAGGCCGGCGUCCGUGCCGAGUCCGACUUGAGAGACGGCUACACUCCCGCCUGGAAGUUCAACGAGUGGGAGCUUCGCGGUGUUCCCCUCAGACUCGAGUUCGGCCCCAAGGACGCGGCCAAGGAGGUCGUCGCCUUCGCCCGCCGGCUCGAUCCCCUUGCCGAGCUCUCCACCAAGGUCCCCGAGCUGCUCGAGACCAUCCAGUCCGACAUGUACAACAAGGCCGAGCAGUCCUUCCGCGAGCACCGCCUCGUCCUUACCGAGUGGGAGAAGGUCAUCCCCGCCCUCGACACCAAGAACGUUGUUCUCAUCCCCUUCUGCUUGGGCGGCAAGUGCGAGGACCGCAUCAAGGAGCUCACCACCAGCGAGCCCCCCGAAAAUGCCAGCCUCCCCGAGGGCAAGAAGCAGCCCAGCAUGGGCAUGAAGUCUCUCUGCAUCCCCUUCGAGCAGCCCGAGGGCAUCGUCCCUGGCGAGACCAAGUGCCUUAACCCCGAGUGCGAGGCCAAGGCCCAGAAGUGGGUCAUGUUCGGCCGUAGCUACUAG